UUUUUUUGUUUGGGUUGGUGCUCGCGCGCGUAAAAAGCACCCUCUUUUCUCGACCGCCCCGGUCCAUGAGUUGGCGUAAUUUUUCCAUCAAAAAAAUAGAAGAGUUGGCGUAAUUUGUCCAGUCGAGCGAGAGCGCCCAUAAACCCAAGAAACCCAAGCCCUAGCAUGGCAUCCGCUAGCGCAGGAGAAGGGAUUCGAGUUUUCCCGUGGGGUUGGAAGAUGGUUCUGGGCUACGCCGCCAUCCGGCAGCUCUCCCAGUUCUUUGCCGCCGUCGUCUUCUUCCACGCCUCCGAGUACGCCCUCGCCAUCUUGUUCCAUGGCCGCUCCAACGUUUCUCUUAGCUCGCUUCUGAUUAGCAAACAGUAUAUCAUUGCAAUGAGUUGUGCUUUGCUGGAAUACAUGAUGGAGAUUAUCCUCUUUCCAGAGUUGAAAGAAUAUAUGUGGAUCAGCAACUUUGGUCUUGUAAUGGUAAUAGUUGGGGAGUUCAUACGUAAAGGUGCUGUGCUAAUGGCUCGCCAUGCCUUUACACACCACAUCAGAACUUAUCAUGAAGACAACCAUGAGUUGAUUACUCAUGGCAUUUAUCGUUUCAUCCGCCACCCGGGGUAUUGUGGCUUUUUCAUCUGGGCAACUGGAACUGAAGUCAUGCUUUGCAAUCCCGCAUGCGUAAUUGCUUUUGCAGUUGUCACUUGGCAAUUCUUCUCUACUCGGAUACAAUAUGAGGAGUUCUUCUUGAGGCAGUUUUUUGGUUCCCGCUAUGACGAAUAUGUUCAGCAAGUUCCAUCUGGUCUCCCUUUUGUAAGAUGAAGGCCUGCAAAACUGUUGGCUUGCUUUCAAAACAGAAAUAUCUUUUGGCACCCCAAUUAUAUUUGACCGGUGGUCGGGAGUGUAAGAACAUCGGCAAGGCGAGCACGGAUCAAAUUCGUUAACGAAGAUUUCCCAACAUACAUUAAUUUUGGAUAAAAAACAGUCACUCAUUGGAGAAUAGAUGAAAAGAACUCCAGCAUCCUGUUAUUAUUUCCUCAACCAGAUCAGGAAGCUUCUACUGUGGAGGCAGAGCUAGAAAGGCAUUCAGAGUUCAUGCCAGUGUUGCCUACGCCUGGAGUUGGAUUCUUAAAAUUUGAUACUUGUAUCAGUGCUUAUUAUUUCUGUCUCUUCUGUUUUUUUUUUGCUGCAAGCUAAAGCAUGGUAGCAUUGAUGUUGUAUUAUGUUUUACAAUUUUUACCACAUGGAAGAAGAGUACACUCAACUGGUGGGAAAAUAUUCCAUUAAGAAAAGUAGAAAACCUUUCUUUGAUACCAAGGCUUAUAAUUGGAAUAACCCUUCAAAUA